GAAAUACCUCCCUCAGGACUCAGCAGCUCGCCAGGGCAACCCUGGCAGGUCAGAGGCAGAGGAUGCCAAAGGCAAAUACGGACAAGGAGCAGCUGACAGCACACAUGAAACAGGCACAUGGCAGGGCUUCAUCAGCUUCCCUGGGCAGGGAUGCAGAUGCGUGGAGAGGCCACUGGGAGCAAACAGCACAGCAGGACACAGCAAGGCCGUCGGUGUGCAUUGAAUACAACCUCGGCAGUAUGUCAGGGGGGCACAAGAAGAAGGGGACUGUUGUAAAGCAGAUCAUUGUGUCCUUCAAGAGGAAGCCUCCAGAGGAACUGUGCAGGAACUGCCUGACCCACACCACGUGCAGACAGGCUCCACUUCGGAGAGCCAGCCUGCCACAGCAGCAGGAUGACCUGGAGGACAGGGAGAUCCAGCAGCCAGAGAAUGAGGGACAGUGUUUCUCCCGGAGGCAGUCAGGGGGACUCUAUGGCAGACCUGGGCAGGUGGGUGCCAAGGAUGGAAUGAGACAGCCUAAGACAGGACGCGACAGGUCCAUGAGCUUUCCAUGGACCACACGACAGCAGCCACAAGUUGUAUAUGUGAACUUCACGAAGGGCACCAUGAGCAAGCAGGAGGCAUUGGAGUGUCUGGAAGCCCAUACUGCCACCAGUGAGCCAGUGGCUUUGGCCGAGGAGGAAGAGCGGGAAGAGGGUGUUGGUAAAAAGCUGUCCCAGGAGGAGAGGUGGGAAGAUUCAAUCAGCAGACAACUGGACCUGAAACUAAGCAUGAGUGAAGCAACAGCAGCAGAAACACCUGCAGGACAUACCUACAGAUCUCCUUCCCUCACAGUCAUUGAUGCCCUGGCUCACGAGAGGCGGACGUCCUUCCAGAAGGCACCAAGGGCUCUGCACAGGGCCUCCACUGCCACAGAGAGCAGGAGAAGCAGCAGGAGCAGUCUCUCUCCAGAAGAGCAGGAGAAGCAGCACGCAAGAGACUGCACACCGGCUCUGCUGGACACAGCCCAGUACAUUACGGGUGAGGUCGUACACAAGGCUGUAACUGUGAUCCAGGAACCCAGUGAGCAGACAGAAGAGCAACAGGACCUGGAAGACAGCAUGGAUGUGUCAUUGGUCACACCAGCAGGGGCAGAAGACCAGACACCUGCCCCCGACAGCCCCACAGAUGAUGCCCCAGCUCUGCUGGACACAGCCCAGUACAUUACAGGUGAGGUCGUACACAAGGCUGUAACUGUGAUCCAGGAACCCAGUGAGCAGACAGAAGAGCAACAGGAUGUGAAAGACAGCAUGGAUGUGUCAUUGGCCACACUAGCAGGGGUAGAAGACCAGACACCUGCCCCCGACAACCCCACAGAUGAUGCCCCAGCUCUGCUGGACACAGCCCAGUACAUUACAGGUGAGGUCGUACACAAGGCUGUAACUGUGAUCCAGGAAUCCAGUGAGCAGACAGAAGAGCAACAGGACCUGGAAGACAGUGCGGAUGUGUCAUUGGCCACAUCAACAGGGGCAGAAGACCAGACACCUGCCCCCGACAGCUCCACAGGCAAUGGUCUACUGGACACAGCCCAGUACAUCAAGGGUGGGGUUGUGCGCAAGGCUGUAACUGUGAUCCAGGAACCCAGUGAGCAGACGGAAGAGCAACAAGACCUGGAAGACAGUGCGGAUGUGUCAUUGGCCACAUCAACAGGGGCAGAAGACCAGACACCUGCCCCCGACAGCUCCACAAACAAUGGUUUACUGGACACAGCCCAGUACAUCAAGGGUGGGGUUGUGCGCAAGGCUGUAACUGUGAUCCAGGAACCCAGUGAGCAGACAGAAGUGCAACAGGACCUGGAAGACAGCAUGGAUGUGUCAUUGGCCACACCAGCAGGGGCAGAAGACCAGACACCUGCCCCCGACAGCCCCACAGACGAUGCUCUGCUGGACACAGCCCAGUACAUCAAGGGUGGGGUUGUGCGCAAGGCUGUAAUUGUGACCCAGGGACCUGAGGAGCAGACAGAAGAGCAACAGGACCUGGAUCAAAAUAUGGAUGAGGUGACAAAAGCCACAACAGAAGAGACAGAAAGCCCAGCAGACACCCCGCACAGCCCCACAGAGGAUGCCCCUGUUCUGCUGGACACAGACGAGUACAACAGGACAAAGGUCCUGGGCAAGGGUGUAAUUGCGAUCCAGGGAACCAAGCAACAGCCAGAAGAACUGAGGGACCUGGAACAAAGUACAGAUGAGGUGACAAGAGCAACAGCCACAGCAGCAGGGGCAGAGAUACCCAGGCACAUACCCCACACAGUCCCACACAGCCCCACAGACGAUGCCCCUGUUCUGCUGGACACAGCUCAGUACAUCAGGACUGAGGUCGUCCGCAAGGCUGUAAUUAUGACCCAGGCACCUGUUCUGCAGCUGGAAGAACAGUGGAACCGGGAAGGAAGCAUGGAUGAGGUAAUGGCAGCAACAGCCACAACAGCAGAAGUGACAGAAAGUCCAGUAUAUGCUCCGAACUGCCCCACACCUGAUGCUUCAACUCUGCUGGACACAUUCCAGUACAUCAGGAAUGAAGUCCAGGGCAAGGCUACGCUGUUAGUCCGGAGUCCUGAACAGCAGCCGGAAGAACAGCAGGACCUGGAACAAGGCGUGGAUGAGGUGGUGAGAGCAACAGCCACAGCAGCAGGAGCAGAGAGCCCAGCACAUGCCCUGCACAGCCCCACAGACAAUGCCCCCAUUCUGCUGAACACAGACGAGUACAACAGGACAGAGGUCCUGGGCAAGGGUGUAAUUGUGAUCCAGGGAACCAACCAACAGCCAGAAGAACUGAAGGACCUGAAACAAAGCACAGGAGAGGUGAUGAGAGCAACAGCCACAGCAGCAGAGGCAGAGGUUCUGGCACAUACCCUGCACAGCCCCACAGGCAAUGCUCCAGCUCUGCUGGACACAGCCCAGGACAUCAGGGGUAAGGUCAUGGGCAAGGCUGCUCUAAACAGUUCUCUAAAGAGUUCCAAACAGCGGCCGAAAGUACAGCAGAACCUGGAAAAAGGUACAGAUAACAUGCUGAAAGCAACAGCCACAGCAGCACAGACUGCUCCAACAGCCAGAAGAACAGCAGGACCAGAAAAGAAGUAUGGACGAGGUACCGGCAGGACCAACCUCCUCAGCAGGACCAGAGAGCCCAGCAAACGCCCCCCAAAGCCCCACAGCUGAAGCUCCGACUCUGCUGGACACAACCCACUACAUCAGGAGUGGGGUCCUGGGCAAGGCCGCUCUUGCAGCCCUGGGACCUGUCCAGCAGACAGAAAAACAGUGGGACUGGUAAGGAAGCAUGGGUGAAGGAACAGCAUCAGGAACAGCUGCAUCCAGCUGCCCCAAGGACUUGGCACUACCAGCAUAUCCUUGUCCAUGGCUUCAGGGGACCCACCUAUGAUUUGAUGCGGACACAUUUUGAGGCUAAUGAAAUGUGAUGAUUUUCCAA